AUGUUGUCACCAAAGGCCAUCACCACCCUGUUCAACUUCAUCCUGUUGGCCUCCGCGGCCCCCGGAAAGCGUCAAUCCACUGGCUCCGGAUCCUGCACCGAUCUUCACCUCUUCUUCGCUCGUGGCUGGAACGAGGGCUACCCCGGACGCCAACAGUCUCUUUAUGAGGCUACCUGCACCGGUCUUUCCAGCUGCGACUACGAAGACAUCCUUUUCGAUGCGUCAAACCCCUCGGGUUACCCUAAUGCGGUUGAGGAGGGCCGAACCUCCGGCGUUGCUCAGAUCAAGGCCUACGUUGCGAAGUGCCCCGAUUCCAAGAUCGUCCUGAGUGGCUACAGCGAAGGUGCCAAUAUUGUUGGCGACAUUCUCGCUGAUUCGGGCCUCGAUGCCACUUCCACGCCCGGCAGCAAAGUUUGCGCUGCACUCCUUUUCGGUGACCCAACCCACAUUGCCGACCAAAGCUACAACGUCGAAGCCGGAUCCACCUACAGCGGCCAAAUGGCUCGCUCUAGCUCGUCUCUCGCCAACCUGAACAACUUUUCUAGUGUCCUGCGCUCUUGGUGCAACGGCGAGGACACCGUCUGUGCCUAUGGUGACGGUACUCGCACGAUGGGCGAGGAUGCCCACACCAACUACUUCCAGCUGUACACAAAUGAUGGCGCCGCCUACAUCAAGGAGAAGUGCGUUCCCUCUGGAACCACUCCGACCGCGACCGCGACAUCCAGCAUUCCCGCCCCGACUUCUACCGGUUCCUUCUGCACUUCCGGCAAGGUCAAGUCCGGCCUGUCGGACAACUACAGCGGCCUCUGUGCCUUCGCUUGCUCCAACGGAUACUGCCCUGACGGUGUCUGUGAGUGUGCCUCUUACGGCGAGCAGACCACCAGCCCGGGUGGCGAUGGACGGGACGGAUGCCCCGCCACCGGACUUGACGACAGCUACAAGGGACUUUGCAGCUUCAGCUGCAGCCACGGUUACUGCCCUACAGGCGCUUGCGAGUACUGUUAA